AUGAGAUGGUCCUAUAAGCAAAGAGUCCUGAAGGUGGUUGACUUGCGACCUAUUUUGGACGAGCUGACACUUGCCGACAUCAUAUGGCGUCCAUUUGAGGAUCAUAGAGGAUGGACUCAGUUUGAUGAGUUAUAUCUGUACAAGGGGUGUUUGAAGUGGGGUGACACAAUUGUUCCAUACUUGCCUGACAGAUGUAUACGUCAAUUCGGGUAUAAGCAGUAUGUUCCAUCCCCACCUCCUGAUUGUAGGAUGGAUAAUGAUACUAAUGUUGAUUGGAUUGGUUACCAUCAGAGCAUUCUUGUUGUGAUCCGUCCAACAAAAUUGGCCACCACUCCAUCUGAUAUAGAAGAUGGAUACCUGGAUUCGUAUUAUUGUGUUUCACAUCCUCGUUUGGUACCGCCCCAUCAUGAUGAACCAAGAGAGGUGUAA